AUGAGGAAAGGAAAAAGUGAGGUAAACAUUGACAAGAAGAAGGAUACUACUCCAAAUGAAGGCAAGGAAGUACCUUAUCCUUUGAUGCCACUCUAUGCCAAAUUUUUAAAAGAUAUGAUGACAAAGAAGAACCGGUACAUCCAUAGUGAUAGAAUUGUGGUGGAAGGCAAUUGUAGUGCUGUGAUUCAACACAUUCUUCCACCUAAGCACAUAGAUCCUAGAGUUGUCACGAUACCAUGUUCCAUUGGUGAGGUUGUUGUAGGAAAAGCUCUCAUAGACUUGGGAGCUAGUAUCAACUUAAUGCCUCUUUUCAUGCACCGGCGACUUGGGGAGAUAGAGAUAAUACCUACACGCAUGACCCUCCAGUUAGCUGAUCGCUCCAUCGCAAGACCAUAUGGAGUGAUUGAACAUGUUUUGGUGAAGGUGAAACACCUUAUAUUCCCAGCUGAUUUUAUUGUGAUAGACAUAGAAGAGGACGCUGAUAUUCCUCUCAUUCUUGGUCACCCAUUCAUGUCUACUGCAAGCUGUGUAGUAGAUAUCAGAAAAUUAGCUUUGAAUUAUUUCAUGAAGAUAAAGAGCCACUUGACCGGAAUGUCUAUUUUAAAGUUCAUGUGA